UGAAAACCCGCUGAAAACAGAUUAAAGAAAACCCGGACGUGUAUUUCAUUCCUUUUUAACAAAACUCGACACCUACAGCUAUAUCACGCUAAAACUGUUUAACAGCCACUGAUGUAUCUAUUCAGUUGAGUCAAAUAUGUAAAGUAGACGGUUAUUUACGUCCGAGUACCGUGUAUGUAUGGUAUUUACUUGAUAAUGUUUUCGCAGAAGAAAAGCUCAAUUCCAAUCCUGCCCCUUAAUCCAUACCGGGUUUGGAUAUAACCAGCAUACAACCCUUUUUCAGGCAGGGAAAACAGCAUUUCAAGUUACAGCCGGUUAAAGCGAGCUUUAAGGAAGCUGGUGUGUUGAAUAUUGGCAGAGAAUUGCAUCAGUUAUCGUGAUGACGUCCAUAUACUGAUGCCCAUUGGAAUGUUUCUAUUGACGACGUGAGAACGGCAGGGGGAUUGAUGGUAGAAUGAGUUCAUGGGAUUAGAGGUACAAUCACUUUGCAGGAGAAGAGUUCAUUCAUUAUUGGGAGAAUGUUUUUGGAGAAUCCCACACCUCAAAUUAUUGGAGACUAUCAUUGAAGCCCUGCCUCUAUCGCAUUUCCUGUGCAGGAUCUUCUGAGUCUACAGACAGUGUUACUGCCAACCAUGUUACCUAAGAGUCGUCUGGGGAAGCGUUCCCCAUUAGGGGCGUUGGUGUGUACCUCCUGCCCCUCCAUGGAGAGCACACUGGAGACAGGGGGUCAUGGGGACCCCGAGGGGGAUGUGGGGGGCCCAACCAUGGGAUCACCAGGGCCCCAGCAUCUCAGCAGGUUCAACAACAAACUACUUCCAGGACAGAAGGUGUAUGUGUUGUGUGGAGGGCGUGAGUGCACAGGGAUAGUGGAGCAACACAACCAUGUGGAUAAUGAGGUGGCCGUCCUACUGCCUGUCCUGGGACAGCAUGUCCUGAGGAAACUAGAGGACGUAUGGACCUGCCCCACCGUACCGCCUCCACCUUCUACUACGACACAAGGCACAGGCAGACCACACCAAAUGUCCUCCUGCAUCGACGUGCCCAGGAGGAGUGCGGAGACUAUGGAUGAGAUGAUGGCAGCCCUGGUUCUGACCAGCCUGUCCUGCAGCCCUCUGGUCCCGAGCCCUCCUCAGAGAGACACAGUCACAGCAGGUUCUGCUGGUAUGGAGUGUGGAGGUGGGGAACUCUCAGACAGCGGAAGUAGUGGCUACUGGAGCUGUGACCAUGGCUACGGAAGCCCAGCUCCCUCUCCACCAAUCACAGAAACAGAGGGUCACAGCCUGUCCAUGCCCCCUGAUGAGGGAUUGGACAUGGAGCAGGUGCUGUUUGACGAGCCAGCACCACGGAAACGCAGGAACUCAGUGAAGGUGGCCUACAGGUGUCUGUGGCCAAACUGUGGGAAGAUUCUGAAGUCUGUCGUUGGGAUUAAACGUCACAUCCGUACCCUGCACCUGGGCCAAGUCAGUGAGCAUGAGCGUUGCUCCUGCAGCGAGGAGGACUUCUACUACACAGAGAUCCAUCAGCGGGAGCCGCGGCCUCUCACCCGACCUCUAGGGGUCUCCACCCCCAGCACCCCAUGGCCGGCCUGCACCUCCACCUCCAGCCCCUCUCCCGCUGGCGUAGGACCAGGAGCUGGAGGAGACUCCCCCACAGAAGUGAGCCCCCAGCUCAGCCAGUCUGCCCCCUCCACCCCAGACUUCUUCUGGCAGGUCCACUCUGAGCACUCCUACCAGGUUCCAGUCCAGGUGGUGGAUCCACCUGUCUCGGUCUCCUCCUGCCAUUGUACCACACCUACCUCAACCCUCCACCCAAGACAGGGUGCGUCGUUCCGUGUGAGGUCAGUCAGUGUGGGAGAACAGUGGUUGCAGCAGCACAGUUCCCCCAUCAGACCACACCCUGUCAGCACCUCUCCCCAACGCAGCCACUGGUCCGCAAGGAGAAUCCGCGGCGAGGCGAAGAAGUGCCGUAAGGUGUACGGCAUCGAGCACCGGGACCAGUGGUGCACCGCCUGUCGCUGGAAGAAAGCCUGCCAGCGCUUCCUCGACUGAACCCCUCAUAGAAGAGAGGGAUGAAGAGCGAGAGAAAGAAAGACGGAGCUGUCACCUCUUCGAGUGAAGACUGAGGAAAGAUCUGGGGGGUCAACCAGUGGAGCACCAUGUACGUUGAUGUUUAUUUCUUUCUUUAAAAAAACUUUUUUUGUACUUUUUACCACUUUACUAAAAGUUUUAUGUAUUUUGUUCAUGUCUUUGACAACUUCGGGUUCUUGUGCGUUGGUGCUCAUGGUGAACUCUGCGUGGGGCAGGCAGCUAAAUAACCUAUGACUGGUAACCUAUGACCUUUACCAGAAGCAUAGUUUUGCAUCUCAGUUCCCCUGUCUUCCUGCCCAGGGAGGGGCUAUAAAGGAAGUGGAACGUGUGAUCCUCUCUUCCAAAUCUUUGGCUAUAACUUAUAAACAGCAGCUCUUCUAUACCCAACAGCUAUAUAGGGGAUGUCUAUAGAUCUAUGACAUCAUGCCGUCCAUAACUUGGCUUGGAAACAAGGCUUUUGUUGCCAAUUGUGGGCCUGAGCCAGACAGGUGCUGAGCAGAACAUCUGAUCUGUAAAUUAACCUAACUUCCAAACGCCCGGGGAAGAACAGAUCCGUAUGAUACAAAGGUUAACCCAUCCAUCAGGCUUUGGCUUCCUGUCUGUGCAUGCAGUGGAGAAUGAUGACGAGGAGAAGAACGUAAAGUGAUACUAGGAGGGCGCUAGCCCUAUGUGACAGAGGUGAAGCCUCACUAAAUACGUAGGUCCUGUAAAUAGCAUGCUUGUUACCAUGUCAGAGAAGAGUUGCAGUCAACUUGCUCAUUUAUUUGUUAAAAAGUAUUGAGUUUCAUUUAUACCAGCUCUUGUCAAUUGCAUAUAGUGCACGGAUUGGUUGAGAGAAUCCCCCUUGACCUAUCGGAUUCCAUCUGCUCAUGAUCUACCAAGCGUCAGGUAAACCAGGAAGUUGUGUCCUAAACAAUGAGAAUGGAUUGGAGGAGAAGUAAAAUGCAGAUUUGGGAGUCAUUAGCCCAACCUGUCUGAUGUCAUAAGCCAUUUAUUCCUGCAAACAUGUAUGUAGCUUUUUUUAAUGUAUUUGGCUUUUUUAAGGGAACAAAAACAUGUUUUUUGGCGAUGUCGAAUAUGUUAAUUUGUAUUGUGUUUCGUUAUAUUAUCCAGCAAUGUUGUCUAUAUUUUGCAACUUGUCGUUUUUCUAAGGUGUGUUAAAUACAAUGUUCCGCCAAGAAUUACCAUGUUGUGGGAUAUAGGAAUGAAUUCACAUACUUUAGACCAAUCAGAUGUCAUACACAUUGAUUUUCACUUCUCUGAGCAUGAUGUAACCAACUGUUAAAGUUAAGGACCCAGUAUCUCAUCCUUGUUGUUAGCAGCUACAGUAGCUAUCCUUUCUGGUAUGCCUUAAAGUCUUCUUAGUUACACCAGAAAUAGUCUAUAAUAUAGCCUCGUAACAGGCUUUGGUUAUGCUAACGGAUAUCAUUUCAGAGCACUAGUCUAUAAUUAAAGAGACACUAUGAGAGAAUAGGGCAUGAAAGUAUUGGUUCCCUUUAAAACAUGGAGGUCAUUGGCAGCUUUGGUCUCUUACUCACAUCGUUGUAAUAAAAUAAGCCAUUUGUAUAAAUAUAUUUUGUCAGGAAUCAAUCUCCAUACAUUUGCCAUAUGCUUGGAUAUCCAACACUCCAGUACCAGCCUCAGUACUGCUGAAACACUAACUGAAUUAUGUUAUCGAGGUUCCAGGUUUGAUGUGGAAUGUGCCACGUGGUGCCAAUAAUAAGAACUAAAAUAUGGUGCCAAGAUUUGAGUCUGAAAACAUUUACAUGGCUAAGGGUUUAUCUAGAAUUAUAUGCUGCAUUGUGGCCCUAAACCCUUGUCACUCUGCCACUUAUUGUAAAUUAACUUGCAUAAACAGAUGUUUCAUAUGUUAAAACCCAAAAUGCUUGUUUAUUGAAACUCAUGUUUCCUUGCAGUAAGCCAAUGAAUCCACAGAAGCAAAAAUGGUUAUAUAUUGUGUUAUGUAUAGUUAACUGCCAAAAUAAUGGAAACACUUGAGUAAAUGAGAGAUACAAAGUAUAUUGAAAUCAGAUGCUUCCACAGAGGUGUCGUUCCUGAGUUAAACAAUGAACAUCCCAUCAUGCUUAGGGUCAUGAAUAAAAUGCCCAGUUGCCCAUAAUUUAUGCUACCAUGGCUAGAAGAAGAGAUCUCAGUGACUUUGAAAGAGGGGUCUUAAAGGCACAUAAAGGGUUUAAAGAGUGUGUGUGUGUGUGUGUGUGUCUCAGUCACCAGAUUUGAACCCAAUUUAAUAAUUAUGGGAGAUUCUGGAGCAUCGCCUGAGACAGCGUUUUCCACCACCGUCAACAAAACACCAAAUGAUGGAAUGGUGCCGCAUCCCUCCGAGUUCCAGACACAUGUAGAAUCUAUGUCAAGGUGUAUUGACGCUGUUCUGGCUGCUUGUGGUGGCCCAACACCCUAUAAAACACUGGUGUUUCCUUUAUUUUGGCAGUUACCUGUAUGUACUGUACCUGGAGAAAGAAAUGACCUCUGAAUAAAGUACUUUUUUUAUUAUGAUGCACUAUUUUUAUAUGGAAUCUGGAAUGUUUUGGUCUUUUUGAUGUUGAAAUAUGCUUGAUAAAAAUUAACCCUGUCUC